AUGAUAAAAACAAGAAUAGUAUUAUUAUUAUUAUUUACUCUAUUUGUUUCAUUGUCACAGUCACAGUCAAUCACAGUUACCAGUAUAGUAGCUGGAGUGACAACUGUUAACAUCACCUAUGAGGCAGUGUGUUCAGCUCCGACUAGUUCAGUUCCCAAGCUUAACCUAACUACCGAAUUCCCUUGCGUGGUAGUGGGGGCCAACACUGUCAAAUGCACAGGACUCACGGCCAACACGAGGGCAGAAUAUGAUUUCUUCUUUUUCUGUGGUCAAGUACGAGUAAAUGUUACGGAAGGUAAAACUGUCAUCACCACCUAUCCAACACUUGAUACGCCAUUUAUUCAAGUCAGACAAGUUACCUCUAAAUCGAUCAAAGUUUUAUGGGCAGUUUCAGGUGGUAACCCUGCAUUAAAUGUUAUCGACGUUUCAAUUAAUAAUGAUCUAGUUGCAUCAAGUAUGCACGCGAGUAAUUUCAUCAUUGACACUCUUGUUGGUGUUGGCAGUCACCCCAUUUUUACCACUAUCUAUUCUGGUGAUGGAAGUCAACUAUCAAAUUCUUUUACGUUUGAUAUUUAUCCAGAUUUAACCUAUGAUAUAAAUAUUAAUGAUUUAGGAUCAAACAGUGCAAUUGUUUCAUUGAGUAAUGUUGCAGGAAAUGAUGCUCAAACUAAAGUAACCUAUUAUGUCAAUGACAAUGUCAUUAUAGCUUGUAUCCAAUUACCAGUUACUGGUAAAUGUAAUUUGACAAAUCUUACACCCAAUUCAUUACAUACACUAAAGGUAUACGGUAUUAAUGGUGUUAAUCUAAUUUCCAAUACAACCUUUCUCAACUUUACAACUAGUCCACCAUUGGAUAUAUCGUAUAUUUCAGGAUACCAAACUGAUAAUACCGGGUUUACCAUUGAAUAUACUUCCACUGGAGGUACAGAGACACCAUUAUACUCAGUCUAUGUCAAUGGUACAGUCUAUUGUGAAGAUGAUUCUAGUGAACAGUGUAAUAUUGAUCUCACCAAUGAAUCAUUAAUCUCUCAACAUACCAUUCUAUUAAAAGCAUCUUCAUUGCCAGAUUCCAAAGAUGACAGAUCAGUUACUUUUAAUACUUGGAAAGCACCAGAGAUACUAAAUAUAACAGGUGUGGUAAAUGAUAAAGGUCAGAUUGUAUUGGGAUGGGAUCAUGCUUACGGUAAUCCAAAUGAACCAUUCAGCUAUACAGUAUCACUUACCAAUGAUACUAACCAAGCACCUAAUGAUAUUUGUUACCAGACAGCUGACAAGACAUGUACAUCCAAUUCAACAGGUACUGUUCAAUAUAUUGUAGUUUUGGCAAAUAAUGAUAAUUUCAAUCAAAUUGAAUACCGUGCAACAUUUAACUUUACAUUAUGUGCUGUAAAUUCUACAGGACCACUCUGUUCAGGUCAUGGUGUCUGUGGUAAUGAUACUCUUGGUUGUACUUGUAAUCCUGAUCGCAAAGGUACAUUGUGUCAAACAAAGAUUGAAACAUCAUCAGGUGGCACUACUACUGGUACCUCACAUGCACCAUCAUCUGAAUCAUCGAGUGAUGUACCAAACCCAAGUUCAUCAUUCUCUCUGAUCUAUGGACCGUCCGUUUCUUCUUACUCCUUGUACUAUAACUACUGCAGUAUUACAUUCAUUUUUGCUAUAAUAUUUGUAUUACUAUAA